AGAAGAAGAAGAAGAAGAAGAAGAAGACGACAUCCGGGUCUGACCCACGUUUUCACGUUUCUCUCACAGGAUAUACAACAACUUACUCGCUCUUAAAAGUUGCUUUUAAAUACUCAAAAUGAGGCCACUGACAGACGAAGAGACGAAAGUGAUGUUUGAGAAGCUGUCGAAAUACAUCGGUGAGAACAUCAAACUACUGGUGGACCGACCUGACGGCUCCUACUGUUUCAGGCUACACAAUGACCGUGUGUACUACAUGAGUGAGAAGAUCCUGAAGUUGGCCACACACAUCUCCCGGGACAAGCUGGUGUCAGUGGGAACCUGUUUUGGAAAGUUCACAAAGACCAUUAAAUUCCGCCUGCACAUCACAGCUCUGGAUUUCUUGGCUCCCUAUGCAAAGUUCAAGGUGUGGGUGAAAUCUGGAGCAGAGCAGUCUUUCCUCUAUGGGAACCAUGUGCUAAAAUCUGGGCUCGGGAGAAUCACUGAGAACACUAAUCAGUACCAGGGAGUCGUUGUCUACUCCAUGACGGACGUGCCACUGGGUUUUGGAGUGGCAGCCAAGUCUACCCUGGAGUGUCGGCGAGUGGACCCCAUGUCCAUCGUAGUGUUCCACCAGGCCGACGUAGGAGAGUUCAUUAGGAGUGAAGACACGUUAACAUAAAGAUACAUCAACAGCUGGACUUUCAAAUGCCCCUUUUCUUAAUCCAUUUCAUACCCAGUAACAUCCACACCCAGAACACCGGCCCAUAUUUCCAAUGCAGUCGAGGGACUGAAACGAAACCCUCUACUGACUCACCUUGGGAUACCGCUGCCAUCUACAGGAUUCCCUCUUCAUAGAGCCUCCUGAUUAAAAGGAAGUGUUUUGUGCAUUUCUUCUGUAAAUGUCCUUUUUCAAAUAAAUCCAUAAUGUCUUUGUA